AAAAAAAAAAAAAAAAAAAAAAAAAAAAGCCUGCCACUGUCCCGUCACUUUGCAGACAGGGAAAGUUAAGUCUUGGAGGAACAAAGUCACUUGCCCAAGGUCAUAUAGUAAGCAAAUACCAAUUGGGUUCACAGCUCCAAAAAACACUCAGCACUUUUCCUGGAGAAGCCACCCGGGACCUUAGACGUGCUUCUCUAACCCCAAAUUUCCUUUGCUUAGCUUGCAGUAUCUUAUGUAAUUGCCGUAGCCUGAUGAGAAGUAAUAGCUCAUUCACAGAUGCCUGUAUUCAGCGAAAAUCUGAACACACGUUUGCAAUGUGCCAACCGUGCAGCUAAGCCGUGGAAAUACCAAACCUUGCUCUCAGGGAGUUCCUGUCCCGGCGGCUAGGUUGUAUGCAUUUAUCAUACACCGUGCGGGGAAUGUGGGGCGGGGCGAUUGCACCAAGUACCUACAUGGCCUGCGAGCAUCCAAGCAGGCUGCACUUCGCCUCCCCCCGCCAGGACUCAGGGCUUCCCAAGCACUGACUGCUUUUCAUGCACGGUCCUGGGACCUUGCCGGACGCAGAUCUGUGGACGUGGAUAAGCACCCUGGCAAAGCUCCGAUGGAUAACCACUCCCGGCAUUUCACUAAUUCGCUUAACUUUCCUCCCCUCCGCAGAGGUAGCCAGGAAUCAGAGGUAGGACAGAGUCACGUGCUCCAGCCUCCCUCCGCGCAGCCUCCGUCCGGGUCACCCCAUCCCAGGGGUUGCUAGGCAACCAGUCAACUGUGCGGUUGGAGGAGCUCAGGGGCCGGGAACUUGGCUUGGGUACUUCCCUUGGCGGAGCAGCAGGAGGAGCCGACCCAGCAUAAGGAGAGGGCGCCGGGCGUCGUCCUCGCCUAAAGCGGAGCGUGGAGAGAGGAGGGGAGAGACGCCGGGGGUAAAAAGCACCAACGGGGCAACAACCUCUCGCGAGGGCUUCCUUUGGGCUUGGCUCUGUGGGAUCGUGGAUUCGGGCUCAGCUGUCACCAUGGAGAUCGUCUACGUGUACCUUAAGAAGCGCAGCGAGUUUGGGAAGCAGUGUAACUUCUCAGACCGCCCGGCUGACCUAAACAUCGACAUCCUGCCCAACCCUGAGCUGGCCGCGCAGUUCGUGGAGCGGAACCCAGUGGACACGGGCACCCAGUGCUCGGUCAGCAUGUCAGAGCACGAGGCCAACACAGAGCGGUUCGAGAUGGAGAGCCGGGGUGUUAACCACGUGGAGGGGGGCUGGCCCAAGGACGUGAACCCCCUGGAGCUGGAGCAGACAAUUCGCUUCCGGAAGAAAGUGGAGAAGGAUGAGAACUAUAUCAAUGCCAUCAUGCAGCUUGGCUUGAUCAUGGAGCACUGUAUCAAGCAGAAUAACGCCAUAGACAUCUACCAGGAGUAUUUCGAUGAUGAAGAAGAGGUGGAGGUGACCGAAGAGGCCUCUUCAGCUAAAACCAUCAAUGUUUUCAGGGAUCCUCAGGAAAUCAGACGGACAGCCACACACCUCUCCUGGCACCCGGAUGGCAACCGGAAGUUGGCAGUGGCGUACUCUUGCUUGGAUUUUCAGCGGGCACCUGUGGGCAUGAGCCAUGAGUCUUACAUCUGGGACCUGGAAAACCCCAAUAGGCCUGAAAUGGCCCUGAAGCCAUCUUCUCCGCUGGUGACGUUGGAGUAUAACCCCAAAGAUUCGCACGUGAUCCUGGGGGGCUGCUACAAUGGGCAGAUAGCCUGCUGGGACACCCGGAAGGGCAGCCUGGUGGCAGAGCUGUCCACCAUCGAGUUCAGCCAUCGAGACCCUGUGUACGGCUCCAUCUGGCUGCAGUCAAAGACAGGCACCGAGUGCUUCUCGGCUUCCACGGACGGGCAGGUCAUGUGGUGGGACAUUCGCAAGAUAAGUGAGCCCACUGAGGUGGUGAUCCUGGACAUCACCAAGAAGGAACAGCUGGAAAGCGCCUUAGGGGCCAUCUCCCUGGAGUUCGAGCCUACCUUGCCAACCAAGUUCAUGGUGGGCACUGAGCAGGGCAUUGUCAUCUCCUGCAACCGCAAAGCCAAGACAGCAGCUGAGAAGAUCGUGUGCACUUUCUCGGGCCACCAUGGCCCCAUCUAUGCCCUUCAGAGAAACCCUUUCUACCCGAAGAACUUCCUGACUGUUGGGGACUGGACAGCACGCAUCUGGUCUGAGGACAGCCGGGAGUCAUCCAUCAUGUGGACCAAGUACCACAUGGCUUACCUUACGGAUGGUGCCUGGAGCCCUGUGAGGCCAGCAGUGUUCUUUACCACCAAGAUGGACGGGACCCUGGACAUCUGGGACUUUGUGUUCAAGCAGUCUGACCCUGCCCUCAGCCUGAAGGUGUGUGACGAGGCCCUCUUCUGCCUCCGAGUGCAAGACAAUGGCUGUCUCAUUGCUUGUGGCUCCCAGAACGGGACGACCACCCUGCUAGAGGUCUCUAGUGGGCUCUCCACCCUCCAGAGGAAUGAGAGGAACAUAGCUUCUUCUAUGUUUGAGCGGGAGACCCGGCGGGAGAAGAUCCUGGAGGCCAGGCAGAAGGAGAUGCGGCUAAAGGAGAAAGGGAAGGCGGAGGGCAAGGACGAUGACCAGAGGGACGAGGAGCUGGCCACGAACCUGGAGGAGAUGGUCGCCCAGGCCGAGAAGGAGUUCUUUGACAUUGUCUUCACAGAGCUGAAGAAGAAGGAGGUGGAGGCCAUGGCGAAGAAAACAAAACCUAAGAAAGCAAGUUUGGAGAUGGAUGAGGAAGUGGAGGGAGACUACACAGGGGAAGAAGAGGAGGUCAGUGACGAGAAGUCUGUCUAGGCUGGCCUUGGCUGCAGUGCUGUCCUUGACCGUCUCUCAAGUGCCUCCAUGGUACUGCCCUGGUCAUCCUGAGCUUUCCCUUAAAGCGUGAUGCUGGGGACACAUAGAGCACCGACUACCCCCACUUUCCAAGUCCCUGGCUCACACUGGAGCCCAGUCCUGUGCAACCCCCUCACAGAGAGGAAAGUGGCAAGCCUGAUCCCUGUGUUGGCACCACCAAGAGCGCCACGAUGGAGGGCCCUGCAGCCCUCAGUCCUGGUCCGGGCUGUCCCCUUGGCGUCCACUUCUCACGGGCUCCUCUGCCAGGCUCUUCCUCUGAAAGCUCGCAACCUCAACCCAGGCUUGGCCAGGCCACACAGGCCUCGAAGCCCUGCAAGGGGAAAAGGUUUUUCCUCCUCCCUUCCUACCCUUGUUAUCCAUCUGCAAAUUGGGAGCAGCUAAUGCAUCCCUAGUGCCUUUCUGUGCAGCCACAUCAGAGGCCUCCGAGCCUGUGCAAGCCCGCUGGGCCCGGAUGCCUGGAGCAGAGGGGGUGCACCCACGUGCUUUUUGCUUUCUUCACCCUGGUUCCAUUAAACAAAUUAAUAGCA